CGGUAGAGGGGCAGUAAGCUGAAGUGAAAUCUUUUUUAUCUGAGAAAAGGGAGUGUCGGAGCAGGACUGAAGGGUUUCUGAGGUGUGAAGAGGAACCAGGCAGAUUGUAGAAGUUUCCACCACUGUGAGACAGAUUUGUCGUCAGUUUGGUCACACUCAGGAGAGCGUGAUGGGGAUGAACGAGCAGGACGGGGCGCUGAGCUUUCUGAAAAGUUUUGCGGAGGAGUUUACAAACCCGCUGGGCCACGAUGACCCACUUCCUCUCGCUCCACUCAGCCGCACUGUGACCCUCGAGGAGGUGAGGGGUGAAAGCCUGGACCUGGGGCUUCGGCUGCUGUCUGCCAGAAACGCCCCUGGCUGGUUGAGUGCAUCCAUGAGCCAUGCUGCGGUCACUGAGCUCCUGAAAGAUGACCUUUCACCUUUCCACUGCCCUAAAGACCCUGAACAGCAGCAGGAGGGUGAAGCAGAAGUAGUUUUGCUGCAGUCUGAACCUGUUCAGCGUCUCUUUAUCAACAAGCUGAGAGAAGUGGGUGUGGCCUGGCAGAAACAGCUGCCCAAUCCGACGCCUCGGUCCUCACGGUCCCGCCUCUGCUCUGUCCACGCCAUUCGGAACACACGCAGGAAGAUGGAGGAUCGUCACGUGUUGCUGCCGGAGUUUAACCAGCUUUUUGGGUUACAGGAUGGUGUGGAGCGUGAGUAUUACGCUGUGUUUGAUGGUCACGGAGGAGUCGACGCUGCCACCUACUCUUCUACUCACCUGCACGUCAUCCUCAGCCAACAGGAGACGCUGAAGAGCGACACCACCACGGCCUUUAAAAACUCCUUCAUACAAACAGAUGGCAUGUUCAGGAUCAAGGCCAGGAGAGAGCGCAUGCGCAGUGGCAGUACGGGCGUGGCUGUAUUGCUUGCUGCUGAUUGGCUGACCGUGUCCUGGCUCGGCGAUUCACAGGCCAUGUUGGUGAAGAAGGGCGAGCCGGUCAUCCUCAUGGACCCCCAUAAGCCCGAGAGAGAGGAUGAGAAAAAGAGAAUAGAGGAUCUGGGUGGCUGCAUUGCCUUCAUGGGCUGCUGGCGUGUUAACGGGACGUACGCUGUUUCCCGGGCGAUCGGCGAUUUCGAUCAGAAGCCAUACGUGUCCAACGUGGCAGACUGCUCCUCAGUUCAGCUGAGUGGAGAUGAGGACUACGUCCUGCUGGCAUGCGACGGUUUCUUCGACGUUUUGCGGCCGGCUGACGUUCCUGCUUUGGUGCUGGAGGCCCUGCAUGAGGCUGGUGGCUCAGGGAAGGACGUCGCUGAGAGCCUGGUGGCUCAGGCCAAAGCCGCAGGCUCCAGUGACAACAUCACUGUCAUGCUGGUGUUUCUGCGCGAGCCACGGGACCUUCUACUCCCAGAGACGACGGCUGCAGGGCAAGUGUGAGAGAACACGCAGGAAAGAAAGACACGAGUGUUGGCGCAGACCACUAGAGGGCUGAUGAUCUCUUUGCCGUCUCACUGUAUCCGAUGUUGAGGCAUCAGAUUACUCGGUGUCAUACUUCUGUGAUUUAAGGUCAUCGAAGAGUGAAAUGAUGUCGGUGUAGUUCUUAAUAUCGGAGAAACGGUGUUUUGUUUUGGUUUUUUAUGUUAAAGUGAUGCCUUUUAUUUUACUUUUUUUUUUUUUACAGCCUUGUUUUCUAUUAUGCCAUUUUUACAUGUAUAAAUCUAAGAUUGACGCCAUUUUUGAAUCUCAAUCAAGAGGCAUCAUCCUUUUUAUUUUUUGGACAAAAUGCAGUUUUAAUUCCUGAAGUUAUCUUUACCAGUUGACUGUUCGUGAUUUCCCAGGUGCUUAUCGUUCCAAAAAAGGCUGUGAUACCGUUCUUAGGGUUUUUUUUUUUUUCCCGGGAUCACUGUUCUCUGUUUUAAAAAGAUCGCAGUAAUGUUAACAUCGUCGGAUGAAGUCUGAACGCAUCGGUUGCCAAGUUAUUUUCAUAACUUUAUAGCAAGGUGUUGGGUUCAUUUCUCCGUUAAGAUGUUAUAGUUCUGGUUGCAAGCCUGUUAUAUUUUAUUUGAUUUCAUUUUUACGUUUAUUUAUACCUGUUACAAAGCAGUAUAACAUUAUAGGGCACACCAGUCUGUAUUGGUCAAAGCACAAUGCUUCGAAGGAAAAUGCACAUUAAGUUUUGUAUUCUUAAGAACAUCAAUCAGUGUUUUGUUUGUUUGUUUGUUUGUUUGUUUGUUUGUUUUUAAUUUUUAAUAUGCAUUUAUUGAUGACAUUAACUGUUAGCAGCCUUUCAGUGCCAAAAAAAUAUUUUUGCAAGAGUGUAACUUAGCCAGAUGUUCUUUGUGUACGUAAUCUCCUUCAGUGUACAUGUAUAUAAUUAAUAUAUUUAACUUAAAGGAGCGGUUUGUAAUUUUUAGAGCUUUCAUCUGCCUGUGAGCUUAAUUGCAGCAAUAAUAUUCACAAACUCCACCUCCUCUGUUAAAGUGCCAUGUUUUGUGCAUUUCGUUUUAAAGGAAAGUGGAAGAACUAAUUUCAGGGCCAGAAAAAUGUAACAAAUUCCUCAAAUUUUGUGAAUAAAACAGCCAAAUCUUUUGUGUAACAAUAUUCCAAAUCCCAGUUUUUCAAAGUAUUUUUGAAACCGUUUGAUGAUUACAGGCCUAGAAGCACUUCUAAACAUUACAGACUACACCUUUAAGCCUUAUUUUUUUUUUCUCUACAUUGAAAACAGUGUUAAUAGUGAUGUAGUGCACGUCGGUUUUCCAGGCAUCGUUUAAUUAUAAUUCCAGGUUAAGACGCACUUUUAAGUCCAAGCCUGGAAAAACUGUUCCUCCAAAGACUAGUUUACUGUUUGUUUUUGUGCGUUUCGUGUUUGGAGAAUAUUAACUUGCAGCCAGGCUGGCUUGCUGUCAGGCCACAGGUCCUGCAUGCGCCGAGCCGUCUCGCGUUACCGCCCGUUCAGAUGUCGUAAAUAUUUGAAAGCCUUGUGACAUGGAGCGAAUAUGACUGGACCGUUGCUUUAAUGCGAGCGGGCUAAAAAUAGAGCUAAGCAUAUAGAGAGAAGAGGAAGGCGAAAGUGGCGAUUUGGUGUGUAGAAAAAUGCUGAGGACAGUGACGUGCAGUGAUUCACAUUUUUACAUUUGUGUUUUUAAUCUGUUUUGUGUACGACUGUGAAUAACUGGCUUACCUUAUCUUUGACCUGCCUCAGAAAUGUUUCUUUAGAGUUGUUAUUCUACGUAACAUUGCAAUUUGCUACAAAGAUUGGACAAGAUUUUGGAGUGAUGCAUGUGUGGAAAUUAUAAAUUUUUUUUGGACUCCUUUUUAAAUCUAACAAUACGUGUGCAUUUUGUUUGUGAGUAACUGACAAAGUAUGUUGUAUCCAUAUCAAUAAUGACACGAUGGUUGCCAUGGUUACUGGUAUACAUGCGUGUACAUGGAGUAGCAAGGCUAACCUCGUUUUGUCUUUCUAAGCUAGGAAAUCAUGAAUAGAGGUUUUCGUUUUUAGUGUCGUUUCCUGGUGGUAAAUAACCGAAAGCGAAAUAUUUAGGAUUUUUGUAGAAUCAAGAGCAACAGCACUGCUAACGGUCGUAAGAAAAAUACACCGAGUGGUAUAAAGAAAUGAAUCUGGGGCCGAUUUCUUUCUAGCCCAUACUGUAGAUGUAUGCAGCCUAUAUUUUGUUUGAGUUUUAGAUUUGAGUCUGAACAAUUUUAGUUUUGCAGAAUUGCGGGGUGAAUUUGCUCACCUGCCAGUUCCCACUCACCAGCCAGCUCUCCCCUAUCAUACCAGCUAUCAUGUAACAGGAAGGAUGAAGACUAGCCCAUGAGUCUGAAACACAGGAAACCAGCUAACAGCAUCGUUUCACACUGCUGCUGCUGAUCCAUCACAACACAGAUAACACACUCCGAAGAAAGCGCAUUCUGCCCUCUUCCGCAUACAUGAGCUCAUGGAUGCCCUUGAUUGGUUAGUGUUGCUGUGAUUGACGGUGGAGAAAGAGUAUACCAUCCCUCCCUUCCUGAAAUCAUGGCCAAUGUUGCACACACGGCUCCCAGCUAUGGAUGAUUGUCGCGUCGCCGGGAUUUGAACGUGCAGUCUCCUGAUGACUGUUCGAUUGCUCUUCUUGCACCAUUAUAAUCUUCAGAGCUUUUGAUUUCUAGAAGUUUCCUGAGAACAUUUUUUUGUUUGUUUGUUUGUUUGUUGUCUAACUGUAAUCAUUGAUGUAAAUCGUUAUCACGGCCAGUAUUUUCAGAACGUUCUCGGAAACGUUUGUGAUUUUGUUAACGUUCCAGCCAAAUCAUCUUCGAACCUGUUCAAUACGUGAAACUGAAAGUUCCGGAUAACGUUUGGUUGCUUUCCUGCUGCGUGUCACGACGUUGAAAGUCUUUUAGAUUGAUCAGGACUGUAUGUAUUUGACUGUGACCUGCUUUGAUUUGGCUAUCAGUUAUCUCUCUGAUGUUAGUCAGUACAGUCAUUGUGUGCCCCUUGCAUAAUGUGGAAACUUAAUCUGUCUGAUCUCACAUUUCCCAUCAGCAGAGCAAUAUUUUGUGACUUCACUGGCGAUGUCAUCAGACAGGUUUAGAUUAAACUAAUAUCCUGCCUUACUGAUAUGCCGUGCAUCAUCAAAACACACUUUUUUGCAGUUGGUUACAAUUUGUAUCAUCACACACUGUUUUUGACGUGUAUAAUAUUGAACGUCAUGGGUUCGGAGUUUUUAUUUCCAUUGAACAAGCAGUCGUGACUUGCGUUCUGAUGCUGAACCAAAUUUUAACGUUUGAAGAUCUUUGUUAUUGACUGAAUGCAACGUUGCGAAGGAAAUCAGCUUGUACAUGUUGAUGUUUGUACAGUAUUAUUAGAGGAUGUGAGUCGAGAACGCUUAACCCAUGUGCAACACGUAUCUCACACUUUUGUGCCUUAUUUUCUUGUAAUAUGUUGUGUAUGACUACUGCCAGUACACACAACUUUUUUUUUUUUUUCCUUUUCAUAUGUACUGAACUGAUCAAGUUAUUAAUUCCACUUGAACUUUUCUAUGUGCCUCUUUGACAGUUUAUAAACUUUUCUACUUUGUAUCUAUGAAUAACUUUUGAUUCCAUGCUGUUUUUGUAUAUGUCAUUAGAUUGUAAUACCUAAUUUAAUGAUUUACGUUGGUCAUUUAGAAUUGAUUCAGGUUUCUGGAUGGGAAAAGUCAGUGGAUAUAUUUUGGAAACCUUUUCCUGGAAAGUAUUACAUCUACAUUUCAUUUGCAUUCAGUAACAUGAGAGCUGAAAUCUAAUCAGUCAGGAUAUUAAAUAAACAAUAACCACA